CACCACCACGAUGCCUGUCCUGCCGUGUGGAGCCUGACUGCCGGCGUGCCAUCCUCCCUACAACAUCCAUCUCGGCCAGAUGUAGCAAGUCCUGCUCAAACGCAGGUCGCGUUCAUCUACAGGCCAUCUCGCCAUCAACCAUGGAGCAGAACGAAAGCAGCUGGCUUCUGGGCGUCGUCGGGCAGGUCUCGAGAGCCUCACAGCCCGGCACUUCUAUCGGCAGCGUCAUGUCCCAGUUGGCACCGCCAGCCGAGCUUCCCGGUAGCGGUCCUGGAGGCCGCCCCAGUCCGGAACAGCUGGCCUUCAUCCGGCGCCUUGUAGUCUAUCUCCUCGAGGGACGCGCGCUGAUUCAGACAUACAACGCCGUGCUGCUUGUGGUUUUGGCAAUCUUCACGGCAUCUCACCUCACCGGCGUGGUCCGCAACCGAAGGCAGCAGGCACGCCUCGAAGUCGCAAGCACAGCGGACGACAGCGAAGAUGACCGUUCGUCGUCGUCCAGCAGCACCCUCGAGGGUUCAGCAAGCCCCUCAGGGUCUAUCCAGAAACCACAAUCAGACAUCGAGCGGCAGCCUCUCCUGGGCCCGAGGCUGCGCACGAAACCAAUCUAUCGACCAGUGCAGCUCUGCAACGCGUGGCUCAUGUACCAGCCUCAGCCUAUCCCUCUCAUCAACAGGGCGCUCCCGUCGAAUAGCACAACCACACUCGUGCUCGCAUACCUCGGUCUCAACGUCUUCUACCAGUGCUACCACAUGCCCUUGGACCCGGGGUUUCUCUUCAUCGUGGCCGACCGGGCGGGUCUCGUCUUUGUCGCCAACUUGCCCCUGCUGUACUUGCUUGCGGCCAAGAACCAGCCUCUGAGACGACUGACAGGCUACUCAUACGAAUCUCUCAACAUUCUACAUCGCCGCGUGGGAGAGCUGUUAUGUUUCGAGGCUUUGGUUCACGGAGGCUGCAUGAUCAUCUGGAUCCUCUGGACAGCACCUGGCUGGCUUCAGGAGCGUUUCUCUAACUUCUUCAACACCUGGCUGGUCCUUCUGGGACUCGUAGCGCUCGGUGCCUACGAGCUCUUGUUCUUCACCUCGCUGGGCAGUUUCCGGCAGCGCUGGUACGAGCUCUUCCUCGCGUCGCACGUCGUCUUGCAGAUUGUAGCUCUCGCUGCACUGUGGCUCCAUCAGCACAACACGAGACCAUUUGUCGGUGCUGCCUUGGCCAUAUUUGUCCUCGACCGAUUGGUCUGGCGGUCCAUCCUGAAGUCCGCGACGCUCAAAGCGGUUCUCACAGUCCUCGACGACCAAGAGACCGUGCUCUUGUCGGCUGACUGGGACAUUGUCGGUUCUCCGACCAGCCAGCCCGCAUCAUGGACGCAGAAGCUGCACCAGAACAACAUCCUCCGAGGCUGGAAACCAGCGGACCACGUAUUCAUCAGUGUCGACGAGCUAGGGCUGACGCCUGCACUUCAAGCCCACCCAUUCACGGUCGCAUCCGCCGCGCCCGGCGAACAGGCUGCCGUGGUGACACCCGAGUCUUCCGAGCCACCAGACGCGAACUCAGCUCGCCACGCCUGGUUCAGCCUGCUCAUCCGUGCGCAAACGGGAUUCACGUCGGCCCUGCUGCACCACGCCCAAAACCAUCAGACGGUAAACGUCCGCGUCGACGGGCCCUACGGGUCUCAAGGACCGCUACACAUGCUGCGCGCCUGCAAGACCAACAUCCUCGUGGCCGGCGGGUCUGGCAUCGCAGUCAUCUUCCCGCUGGCAUGGAGUCUCGCUACUGACGGCACAAACCAAAAGACCAGCUCCGCCAUGGCCGCGGGCGGGCGGAGGAAGAACAACAACAACAACAGGCGCAAGAGGAACAUCCACCUCCUGUGGAUUGUCCACUCCGAGUCGCAGCGGUCCUGGAUCCCCAGAGAGCGCCUGGACGAGCUGCGGGCGCUCGGAGUGGACAUCGCGCUGCCCGAGCCGACGGCGGUUGCGGGCAGGCCUGACGUGCCGCGGUACGUUGAGGAGAUGACCGCGGCGGCGGCGGCCGACGUCGUGGCUCAAGACGGCGAGGAUGUUGUCGGCGUGGUCGUCUCCGGGCCGGGCGGGCUGAAUCGAUCGGUCCGGAACGCCUGCAGUGCCGCGGUGAGAGAUGGGAGACGGGUGCGGCUGUCGGUAGAGAAGUUCGGGUGGUGAGAUGUUGGUCUGCAAGUCAUGUCAAAAGGAUUGUUUCAUGCCCUUUGUGGCACGUUGCCGUAAGGUGACCAAGUGCGAAGGAGGAUUGGUCAGGAUAGAUCUUGAGAUACACUCGCAUACAUAUUCUCUAUGCAGACAGCAGUUUAGAUUGCUUAUCGAUGAGCGUUCCGUCUUGA